AAAGCUAAACAAAGUAACAUAUACUUAAACAUGGCUGGUCUCUCAGGACGUCAUCCUCACUUAGGUGUCUCGAUGACGACUGGAAACUCUGGCAGGAUGUAAACACCACUUGUCUCUGAGCAGCGACCUUCUUUCGAGUUUGAUUCCACGGAGAUGUUUCCACUUUCAUUAGCGUCCCAUUUCGUUUCUUUUUUUCCCUCCACAUGGAUCCUCUGGAGGCUAAAUCAAACAUUUCUCCACGAGCACAUUAUUCCUGGCUUUUAAAAACAAUUCACGUUGAGGUGAUGUCAUCAAAAGCCUCGAAAUUUAGGAAACUCAUUUUACGCUACGGCCCCCAAGUCUAGGUCAGUUGCUAUUCUAUUUAUCUGUGAUUGAAUACGAGAAUAAAAUAUAUUUACUUCUCAAUUUACCAAUGAUAGUCCGCUAUCCGCAUAAAAAAACUACAUUUCCCGGGAUGCCACUGUUAUGCGCAUGCUCACUGUAAUCUUAACGACGGAGUAUGUUUUCUGUAGCAACGAGGACUCCAAUCCAAAAGUACCCUUAAACGAAAAGAAUGUCGAUGUCACAUGAUGAGACUGCAGCAGAUGAACCUGUCAGAGACUUCCCAAUGGCCCGUUUGGUGCCGUCCAACCGACUACCUGUCCCGCUAGCUUCAGAUUUCCUGAAUAUUCAGAACACUCGAGCUAAACAAGAUGCCUCCCGGAUGACGAGGGACGAUUUGGAGGAUCGAUACCUGCGUCUGGUUGACGAGACGCUGUUGUUGAAACAACAAGUAAACCAACGAGAUGACAAGAUCAAGAAGUUGGGGACGAAGCUGAUGAGAUUGGUAAAGGACCGUGGUCGCAUGGAGCAGUUAGCAGUGGGUGUUGGCGCUGCUGCUGGAGGGAAAAAAGACAUGGCGAUGGGGGAGAUGGUCGAGGAGGCACAGGAGAAGGUUAGAGAUUUGCAGAUGGAGAAUGAGCGGCUAAAACAGCGCCUCCAAGUGGCCCAGCAACAGCUGCUAAGCUCCCCAAGCAAGAGGCAGACGCCGUAUGAACACGUUUCCUCACGCGUCAACUCCGGCAUGAAGAAGUUGCGGGAUGAUACCUCAUCUCCAUGGCAGUCCCGCCCCAGAAGUGCCCGGAGUCUGGACGGGGCUCGCCGAGCUACCCCUGGUCUGCUGCCCCGAUACGGUCACAGUUUGCUUGAGGAAGCCCGAGCUGAGAUCCGCAACCUUGAAAACGUGAUAGAGUCCCAGACAGGCCAAAUAGAGGAGAUGGAGAACAACACGUUGCUCCUGCAGCAGCAAAUGAAGAAAAAGGAGGAAGAGUUUCAGGAGAAUCUUCUGCAGGCACGUCAGCAACAGACGUCCAAGCUCAGAUCCCAUGUCAACACCAACAUGUCAGUGAUCAAACUACAGCAGCAGUUAGCAGAGAGGUCCAAUACCGUCACAGAGCUGGAAACCCGCUUCAUCCAUCUGCAGGAGAGUCAGAGUUCACUUAAGGUGAGUCACGAGGCCGCGAUGAAGAAGGUGGAUGAACUUUCCAGUCGUUUGAAAGAUGAACGGAUGAAGAAUCUGGAUCUGCAAAAGAAUCUGGAGCGAUCCGACAUCACCAAAAGCCAUGUGGAGCAGCUGAAAGAACGAAUCAAAGAGCUGGAACAGGAGAAUAACCUGCUCAAGGAGAACAACGAGACGCUGAUGAACAGUGUGUUUGAUGUCUCUCAGCAGCAGAAGUGGCAUGCUCAAGAGCAGCAGCUGAAGAUCCAAAUUUGUCAAUUAGAGACGGCACUUAAGAAUGACCUGCUUGAUAAGAACCACAUCUUGGACCGCGUGAAGUCUGAGACUGACAAAAAUGAAAAGUUGAUGGAGGAGAACCAGAGACUUCAUAUUCAAAGUUUGAAACUAACACAGCAAGUUGAGGAGCUCAGAGAGCAGCUGAAGAUCUUCACUGACGUCAACCAGGACCCGACUGCGCUCACCGAAGCCCUGCUGCACGUCCAGAGACAUCGUUCGCAGCAGGGGACGCUGCAGUUCCUGAAGGAUUCAGAGCAAGGUGACAGAAGCAGCUUGGAGGAGACGGUGAGAGAGUUGCGAGCAGCUCACAGCGACACUAUCCAGGAGCUUGAGAAGACUCGGAGCCUUCUGAGGGUGGAAAACCAGAUAACCCAGGACUACAAGGCGGAGCUACAGGCCGUCUUGCAGAAGAUGGAGAGUGACAAACUGGAGUUCAAGAAGAAGCUGGAACACCAGGGUCAACUGUUGGACUCCAGGGAGGCUAGAAUCAAGAAACUGGAAGGUCAACUGAGAGACGUGGCCUACAGUACACGAGCACUGGCCCUCAAACCGGACCAGGACCUGGAGGAAUCUGUGAUUUUGGAACGUGGGGAGGAUCUUCUGGAGCUGCAGAUUGUGAGCGCCACUUUGAACGCAGAUGCUCUGAAAGCCCUGGGUGACGAUGAGCCCUCCACCUUCUGCACAUACUCUUUCUACCUGUUCGAGCUUCAUUCCACCCCAGUGGCCACAGGCCCCGCCCCACAGUACGGCUUCACUUCCCGAUACGUGGUGGAUGCGGACCAGCGCUUCUUGGAUUACCUUCAGGGCCUGGCUGUCAAUGUGGAGAUGCACCAGGCCCUAGGGCUGAGCUGGAGGACCUUCGCAACCGCAACCCUGCCCAUGCAUCAACUUCUCAGCCAGGAGGGGCAAGUCCACGGCAGGGUCCCUCUCAUCGCUGUUAGGGAGGAACUUCAGACCUAUGGUUCCCUGGACUACUGGUUCAGACUGAGGGUUCCAAUUAUGGAGGCUUUCCGCCAGUAUCAACAGAGGGUGGCAGCGGAGAGCUACAUAAGUACCGGAGACUCCGAGAGACAGGGUGGAAAGUGGAACCAUCUCCUGGUUUCUGUGGAAUCCUGCACCGGUCUUCAGUCCAGAACCUUGCUCCCACCGAGUCCCUAUGUGGUCUACAAAUUCUUCCAGUUCCCUGAUCAGCCUACUGCCACCGUCCACGAUUGCUCUCACCCCCACUUCCACGACCAGCAGACGUACCCCGUCCUCAUGGACUCAAACCUGGAGGCCUACCUUAAGUCUGACUUCAUGUGUUUUUACGUCUUUGACUACAAGGAGGAGCAGACGGACCGCUACCUGGGGAAGGCCCAGGUGUCUCUGCUGCCGCUGCUCCAGAACCAAUCGAUCUCAGGUGUGCAUGAGCUCAGCGACCCAAACGGACUGCCAACUGGACAUCUAGAGCUGUCAAUCAGCUGGAAGUUUCUGUAUGUUUCCUCAACAAGUGUCAGACUGACCAGAUCUCUGCCAGUGGUGACACAGAGGGAGGAAGCAGCUGUGAAGGAGGAGCCAACUGCCAGUGGGCACCCAACUUUGAACCCAGAACAAGAGCCAAUGUCUGGGACAUCAGCAAGGGAGACACAAGCCCUGAGGGAGGAGCCACAAUACCUACAGGCGGCUGCAAAGCUGCGUGCGGAUGAUGCAACAUUCAGCAGAAAAGUCACUUUUGUGGAGUCAACUGAGAAGAAGGUUCAGUUCGAGGUCAUCCGGGGUGCAGAGGAAGACCACGAGGAGUUGGAGUCAAGGGUCUCUGAGGGUCAGCUGCUGUCCCCAUCCUGCUCAGAAGAGUCAGAUUUCUCCGUGGACACGGACGUGACUGAAAAAGUGGCUAAAUGUGCCGCCAGCGACCCGAUUCUGACGGACAGUGACGACUGCAUCAUACACAGGACACAUGAGCGGCGUAAGGGGUCAGAUCAGGUCUGUGUAGAGGUGGUGUCUCUGAGUUUGAGGCCUGACUCAACAGUGGCUCUGGACGACAGUGUGGUGCGACUCUUCGUAGAGUACUCGUUCUUGGACUUGCGUGCUCAGGAGACCCCUCUGUCCCUGCCAAAACCUCAACCUGGACGAUGUGCCAGCUACAACUAUAGCAGAGUAAUUGCUGUGGACCAGGCGAACCACCAGAAUCGGCGUAAGUUGCUGCGCGACAUCCUUCAGGGGCAGAACCCACAGAUGGAGAGCAUCCACUUCACCGUGGUCAGUGAGCCUCCCGAGGAGGAGGAGCAAGUGCGGGAUUGCGAAGAAGUGGGCACAGCUCACCUGAGGAUAGCCGACGUGAUUGACAGACAAGAGGACCUGAUUGAGACCAACCUCAAUGUGGUGGCCAUGGCCAACCCUCGGGAGCAAAUCGGGACCCUCACCGUCUCCUUUAGAGCUCUGGAGGCUCUACAGGAUAUCCUGAAGGCACCAGUCAAAGACGCACUGAUAGACUCGCCUUGAUGUCCCACUCCCACUAACCAAGUC